GUCAAUUCACAAAGUGCAUCAUUCACGCUGCCUCUUCAGUUAAACUUUAAGGUCCAUCACGGAAAACCCUCAUUGUUUGAUGCAGUGUUUCACCACACGCAUAACCCUUUUAUGAAUGUGGUCGUCAAACUGUAUGCCAAGUGCUGAAUGUAUGGCUACCGGUAGUAUCUUUGAUUUCUUUUUUUUUUCUACUUCAGGGUAUCCACUUCAAAUCCCUUUGCAGUUUAGUGGACCAGAAGUAGGCCGGGCAACUACAAAGGUAUCAGAGUUAGCCCUUCCUCUUUGUUUUGUCCCUUCCCCAGAGCAUUGCACUUCCUCUCGGUCAGUGAAAGGGCCAUUGUGGUGAAGACAGCCAGCUGCUCACGUCCCCCGUGGUUCUCAGCUAUAGUUAAUGAGCUUAGCCGCUUGUCCUAGUCUGCAUCAGUGCAUAGAGGUCAAUUGGAGGAUUAACACCGUCGCUCGUGGGUUACCUAUCACCUUGUUUUAAUUUGAAUUUCCAACUUUAUUCGCACCUAUCGACUCUGGACUUUUUACUCUGCAGGAUGUGUUUAGGUGUGCUCUUGCUGCACCUGUAGUCUUUGUGUGUGUAUACGCCGACAUAAUGCAGCACGUUGACUUCGAGCCUGACCUGGCCGCUGAAUGAGGCGCCCUACUCCAGGUGAGGAAGAGGAGAAGGGGUAAGCCAAGAGGAGCCAAGGGCAGCCGGGUGUAGCCAGAAGCCCACAUCGUGACCGGGGUCUGGGGACUCUGGACCAGAGGGAGGGCUGAUGCCACUGGUAAACAACAAAGUUGGAGACGAUGUGGCGGGGGGGACAGAGAAGGCUUCGGCGGACGAGCAGGCGCUGGUGGAGUCUUUCAUGAAGGUGGUGGCAUGCUUCAGACACCUGGCCUCCUGUGUGGGUGGCUGCACAGACACCCUGCAGCUGAGAGACGAGCUGAGGCAGACGCGGGAGAAGGCCCAGAGUCUGGCCGGGGUCUGCUGCCAGCAUCUCACCGCCCGUCUCCGGGACAAGAGCUUGCCGGACGAGGACCGCAGGAAGAUGGACCUCCUGUGGGUGGCCUUCUCCUCCGGGCUGGAACUCCUUCACGCUGACCUGUGCAAAGUGUUUGGCAUGGCCAACAUCUUCUGUCUGGCCAACGCCAACGUCUUUGUGCAGACCGGCAUGCAAGGAGGAGGCAGCGAGGUGGCGGCGCGGGCCCUCAGCCUGCCCGACCUGCAGGCCUCCAGCCCGGGUCCAGCGCUCCCGGCCGGCCUGGAGCCCCAGGAGACCAGCGCCAUGGAGCAGGAGAUCCAGCGGGUGGACCGCAUGAUCGAGGACAUGGAGGCCAAGGUCAACGUCCUGCGCUGGACGGUGGAGCCCCGCGGCGGGCCCGAGGCCGCGGACCCCCUGAGUGGCUCGGACAGCGUCUCUGUGGCACUGCUGUCCAUGGAGGAGGAGGGGCCGGAGCGCGGCGGGGGCAUGCCUCGCAGACACGUCUUCAUUGGGUUGCUGCUGUGCGGCGCGGUGCUGGUGGUGGCCACUCUCUCCAUCUGCAUCGUGCUCUUCUCCUGAGCAGACGCUGGUGUGACCCCGUCGUGCGCUUACACACACACACACACACACACACACACACACACACACACACA